UGUCGGGGAAUACUUCGGUCUUUAAUAAUCUAAUAAUAGUUUUCAGUAAUUGUGUAAAUUGUAUAAUGUGUACGUUGUAAGUACCUAUAUAUUGUCAUUUUGUCAGUGGUUUAUUGUAAUUUACCGUUUUUUCGUCUUGUUGAUUUGGUUUUACCAUAUGUAGAUCUUAGCGUAGGUAGCAUAAAUGGCGGGGGUUUUGUUUAAUAUUUUAAUUCCUACGGAAAGACAUGAAACACAUCUUACCCUAGAUGCUAUUUGUGAUUGUUCGUCAAAAAAUAAACAUUCUUUCAACACUAAACGACCAACUUACUCUGAAAACGGCAAUGGAAAAAGCUCUGAAAUGUUACAUCAACAAGUGUCUAUGGAAAAAGCUUUAGAAGCAAUUCUAUCUAGUUUACAUAUUUCCAAUUCUAUCUGGGCCGAAAGCAAAGAUCAUAAGUGUUAUUCGAUAACAUUUUCAAUAGCGUCAAAUGAACAUUGUGAACAUAUUUUAGAUUUAUUCUUGGAAAAUGGCAUCGGAAUAAAAUGGAAUUCAGUAGUGGUAGUUUUGCCAUGUUCAUUGUAUUAUCAAGGGCCUGGAACAGCUCAUUCAACUUUCGAACCUAACCAAUCUAAAAGUUCCUCCAAUACGUCUAAUUUAUAUGAAUCGUCAUGGAAAACAUUUCUUCAAUCUGUGAGAUCACGUUUAAUUAUUGCCCAAGUAGUUCAAGGAUUAGAAUCCGGUGCAAGGUUGACUUUUGAUUUUUUGAUUCUACUUGUUAUAUCAGUAAUGGUUGCAGCACUUGGUUUGACUCAAGGCGAAACUACUAUAUUCGUAGCUAGUAUGCUUCUUUCACCACUAAUGGGUCCUGUAAAUGCGGCAACAUUUGGUACAAUGAUCAAAGACAAAAAACUCAGAAAUAUGGGAAUUGUAAACGAAAUAAUUGGUUUAGUCUUUUGUGUGAUCAUUGGUUUUGGAUUUGGGCUAACAAUUUCGUAUUUUGAUGAAAGAGAUCCAAGCCAAUGGGUGACGAAGGAAAUGUUGACUAUGACAGAUAUCAGAAGUUUAUGGGUCAGUAUUGUUCUUGCAUUUCUCACCGGAAUAGCAGUACCAAUAGCUUUAUUGGGAAAUAAUACAUUUUCGUUAGUGGGAGUAGCAAUUUCGACAUCACUACUUCCUCCUGCUGUAAACGCUGGACUUUUGUGGGCUUUUGCCGUUAAGAAUAUUGGACAAACUUCAAAUACUAUUAACUUGCAGUAUUCGUCAUUCCGGUCGGUUGAUUUUGCUAUAAAAGGAGCGAUGAGUAUGUGUUUGACAUUCAUCAAUAUUAUAUGUAUAUUUGCAUGUGGCAUAGUCAUUCUUAAGAUUAAAGCUGUAGCUCCAAAAAAGAGCAGUAGUGCAAAACCAUUAAUUAGUGAAUAUUUGGAAGCAUUUAAAGAUAUAAACUAUGGUUUGCCAGAAGAUGAAACAAACUAUCUAACUUCAAGGUUAAAAGAAGAAUAUGUUUCAGUUUUUGGUCUCUCUUCGAAUACAAUAAAUUUACACAAUUCUUGUUUAACCCCUAGGUACAAUCCUUUUGACUUAACUUUUGUUACUUGGUCACCUGGAUAUAAAACACAGCAUAGCUCGCAAGCGUAUUAUAGCACACAUUCGGACUCGAGAUCAGCUCAUUUGCUAAAGAAAAAAAUGAAAACCUUAAAUCCUAUACAUGAUAAUAACUCCACUGGAUCUCUCAGAAACAUGUUCGAUUCACCAACUAAACGAUUUGUCGUUACACCUGUUACUUUGGCCAACACAUCUGAUGCAUAAAAAUAUUAGCUAAUGAAGUAAUAGUUUUUAUCAUUUUAUUUUUAUAUUGGUUUUUUUUAUAUAUUAUUAUUAUUUUUUAUUUUAUUAAUUUUUGUUGCA